CGCCAGCGUAAACAAAAACGCUUUUAGUAUGUCUGUAAGGCGAGAGAAAAGGUACACGAAUUCUUACACCAGAUUUUGGAAGAAGUAUUUCAAGUUUCAACACUAGAUUGGUUGUGAUUGGAAGUAAUUUUGACCAGAAAUGAAUCAACGUUCGGAGGUACCGAUGCGCCACCUGUUCGAUGGCAGUGAUCUGAAUGUGUACGACAAAGAUAUUAUCAAUUUGUCUGCCGGAGCACCAGGGCCAGAUUUGUUGAGCGAAUGUUGCAAAAGUUUCAAAAUCGCUACCGAGCAUAGAAUGAAAUUUGAGUUAGAAAAUAAUUCAUACCUUUUUCAAUAUGGGCCAAGUAUUGGAACCACAGAAUUUCGUCAGACUUUGGCUGGAUUCUUAUCUUGGGGUUAUCAAUCAAAUGUUAACGCGUCUGAUUUGGUGCAAACGUCUGGUGCAACACAUGGUCUUCAUUUAAUCCUAUCAACGUUGAUAGAUUUGACUGGUUUCAUCUUCGUGGACGAAGUCACCUACAUGAUAGCCUUGGAAACUUUUCAGCAAUUUGAUUCAAUGAAAAUUGUUCCUGUGCCGCUGACUCGUGAGGGCCCACAUAUAGAUACGCUUAGCCAACUGAUUAAAAAACAUAAGUUCAAACCGUCUGAUAACAAGCUUUUCUGGGGUGUCUACUAUACAAUUCCAACGUUUCACAACCCGACUGGAAUUCUUUUUUCGGAAGAAGUUAAUAAACAGUUGAUACGGCUGGCUAGAAACAACGACAUUUUAAUAGCUUGCGACGAUGUCUACAAUCUGCUGUACUAUUCAUCGGGUAACAAUCUCUUGAAUCAAGAACCUCCGAAACGGCUAUUUGCGUAUGACAUUGAAGAUAUCGGAAACGAUGGCUGGAAAGGCAAUGUUAUCUCCAAUGGAUCAUUCUCUAAGAUUUUAUCUCCAGGAAUUCGUCUGGGAUGGAUGGAAUGCCCACCGCGUUGUGUAGAAGUAUUUCGCGCUAGCGGAGUUCUUAAAAGUGGCGGCGCAGCGAACAACUAUACCGGAGGGAUUGUGACCAGUAUGAUUCAGUUAGGGUUGGCUCAAAAGCAGCUCAGUAUGUACUCAGAGAAAUACGCUGAACGUCUACGAACCGCGUGUGAAGUCCUGCGAGCCAAACUUCCAAAAGGGUGCCACUUUGUAGUACCAAAAGGAGGAUACUUCAUCUGGAUCGAACUCCCCCCCGUUUCCGACGAAUUACUUAAGUACCAUAUGCAGCUCUUUGGGGUAUGUGCAAUUACCGGAAAUAGAUUUUCUCCUACUGGGACGUACAAAAAUCGUAUCCGAUUGACGUUCGCCUUUCAUUCGCCCGAUGUUUUGGAAGUCGGUGUCGAUAAGUUGUGCCGGGCUUUUGAAGCUUGCGUGACCCGUGAUGGUAUAUGAAAAUUAAGUUUAAAAUAAAUCUUACUUUUGCAGUUUGAUUUGAGUUGCAUAACUAAUUCUGAAUACAAAUCCACUAAUAGCCUAUUUAGAUUACACCAUUAAUUAUAUUAA